AGAUAUUAACCGUUCCAAAUGGAUGAGAUUAUUGUCCAAAACCGUUGGCUGAAGAUGACGACCAUUGGCUCCGAAUUGCCAACAUUACGCCAUUGUUUUGCCACCCGAAUAUCAUCUUAUUCUUCAUCAAAUUCAUCAUUUUCCCACAAAAAUUUAAAAAUUCCCACUAAAUUUCGUCCAACGACGGUCAAAUUUAGCGCCAAAGCUGCUCCAUGUACCAUUCCCAACUCCGCAAUUACACCCACUUCAGAUAAUCAUGGUAAAUUCAAUUCAUGUAGGAGAAGAGGACUCGUUUUCCUUUCGGUUGCUUUACCUUUUCUUUUUCCUUUGCAACAAUAUGUCAAAGGUUUCACUGUUGAAGCAGAAGAGGUCGGAACUCCUGAUUAUCGACUUAUAAAGGAGGAGAUAAGGAAGGUUUUGUCUAAAGGAAAGGCAGCUGGUGUACUUCGUCUUGUGUUUCAUGAUGCAGGAACCUUUGAACUCAGAGAGAAUUCAGGCGGUAUGAACGGUUCUAUUACAUAUGAACUUGAAAGGCCAGAGAAUAAAGGGCUCAAAAAAUCUUUGAAGGUUAUUUCGAAAGCCAAAGACGUGCUGGACGAAAUGCUAUCAGUGUCAUGGGCAGACAUGAUUGCUGUGGCUGGAGCCGAGGCAGUCUCGAUUUGCGGAGGUCCAGAGAUCCCUGUUCGAUUAGGGAGACUUGAUUCGCAGACUCCUGAUCCUGAAGGUAGACUACCCGAGGAAUCACUGGAUGCACCGAGAUUGAAGCAAUGUUUUCAAAUAAAAGGCUUUUCGACUCAAGAACUCGUCGCACUAUCAGGGGCUCAUACUCUGGGAAGUAAAGGAUUUGGCAGCCCAUUUGUAUUUGACAAUUCAUACUACAAAAUACUCCUCGAAAAACCAUGGAUGUCAUCAGCUGGAAUGUCAAGUAUGAUCGGGCUUCCUUCAGACCGCGCAUUAGUCGAAGAUGAUGAAUGCUUAAGAUGGAUUAGAAAUUACGCGAAUGAUCAAGAUUUGUUUUUUGAGGAUUUUAAGAAUGUAUACAUCAAGUUAGUCGAUUCUGGUGCAAGGUGGAAAGCUAUAUGAACUGCAGCUUCUUUGAGAAACAAGUAUGGUUGUUGAAUCAAAUCAUGAAAAGGAUUUUUGCACUUUUUACUGCUGUUAGUGAAGAGUAAUUGAGCAUAUUAUAGAAUGGUUAGAUCAAUCAUAUUAUUUGUAGCACUUUUAUACUCUUAUCUUUUAUACUCUUAUCUUUUUUGGUGGAAUUGCUAGAUUUAUCUGGAACGGAAACUUAAAAAGUUUGUGAUCUAAGUCAUUUGAUAUGGUAUCUGAAGUCGAUGACGGAUAUAAAUCUUAUUAUCUCUUCUUUUAUCUCUUUUA